AGCAAGGUACCGGUUGUUCUGAAACUAUUUCCCGCGAGAUGGGUGGUUGGUAAAACUACUGAUAAAACUGGAGCUUCUCGUUCAUGCUAGCUUUAUCUGUCUAAUUUUAGAAGAUGGUGCAUAUAAAGUACGUGAGUGAGCGAUAGCUAUGAAUGCAUUAAUGUAACUGAAAUCUAUCUGUCAAGGUUAGAGACCUACCAGUACUUACACGUAUCCUGAUGGUUCACUACCACACUUAGUUCAGUAACAUGGACAUAGAGUGCGUACCUCUGCUGCCCAGAGUUUGUGAGGUGCUGGCGGACUCAGGGAGGUCCUUACCUGAUGAUACCAGCCUGGAGAAACUGCUGGACUGGUUCACAAGGCUCACCAAGACUGGGGGAUCACUCCUAGGGUCCUGCCCAUGCCUGACUGGUUUCAUCUCCGCUGUGAUUGGCAACAAAGACUCAGACCCCAGUGUCCUGUCCUUUACUCUCAAACUCACCGGCUUAAUUGCAGCCACUGAGGAUGGCUUCAGAUCACUUCAGGAAAGCCUGCUUCUUAAUGAGGCCUUCAACCUUCAGCACUGGCAAGAAGCAGGGCUUUGGGAUGAUCCCUGUAUCAGGAUUGGUUGGAUCCAGGGCUUGAAAAGUUUGCUGCAGCACCCAAAGGCUCUCAGUUUCUUUGCACAGUCAGACUUCAUUGAACCGCUCCUACAGCUGCAGACAGACUCAAGCUUAUUUGUUGCUUCAGCUGCAAAUCAGAUGCUCGCCCACAUCCUCCUCUUCUUCCAGCCUGUCCUAUCUGAAGGAUGUAAUGGAGAAGGAAAGCUAAAUGGAAUCAAAAGUGCCUCUUUAGAACAACCGGUUGUCCCAAUGGAAGCCAGCGCAGAGUAUACAGCUUUAGUCAAGCUGAUCUCAAAGUACCUCAAAGAGUCACUAAUACCCACAGACAACAAACAGCUCCAUCAGAGUCUGCAGAGCCUCAAGCUGCUGGCCCUGCUGCUGCACCAGGCCAGGCCACCUCUUCAGGAUGAGCUGCUCCAGACUGUCACAGGGUCUCUGGAGGAGGUGGUGAAAUCAGGCUGCAGCGAGCUCACGCUGCCUCUGAUGGACGUCAUCCUGGCUGCAUACAGCAGCCCCAGAAGUGAACGUGUCCAAGACCAGCGUGUUGGCCAUCUGCUCUCCUCCAUGUUGAACAUUAACAAGCCGUCUGACCUCAUUCAGGCUGCAGCUGCUUUCCUUCGCAGCGGUCUUCACGAUGCUCACCACUCAGUCCAGGCGGUGCGAAUGCUUCUGCUUCCACUCGACAUUGUGACCGGUCACACUCUUCUGGGCACAAACAUAUCCGUUGAAGACCAUGGGGGUUCCAUGGCAGAGCAGCUGAAGAGUAAAACCUCCUGCAUCUCUCUGAUCUGUAUCUGCCUGACACACACGCCACACAUCACACUCCUGCCCUCUGACAUCCUCCCAUGUCCUCCUGCUGUGAUCGUCAUUGCAGUCCUGUCAUUGCUGAGGAUCUGCAGUGGUGUUUCUCCCCCCUCAUCUUCUGGUUGUAGUGAAGCAUGCAGGAACGUGAUCAGCAGCAGCAAAGUUCAGAAAUGUGCUCUGGAGGCUCUGACAUCUCUGAGCAGCAGCCAAGGAGCACAGGAGAAGAUCAGUGAAGUUGUUGUGUCUCUGAUUGAAUAUUUGGACAAUCCUGAUUCAGAACCAACGGUGCUCCACAAGUCUUACCAGGCUUUGUUAAAGUGGAUCAGCGUGUGCACAGACAUCUCCUUUAUAACAGACCAGCUUAGACGAGAUCUGGCUGACGUUGUGAAGAAGCGUGUGUGUGACAUGCGCUGGGAGGUGAGAGACUCCUCUGUGGAGUUUCUGGGACAGAUGACAGACGUUGGUGUCCCUCUAAAAUCGGCCAAGGAGAUGUGUAAUGUGACUGAGGCUCUGCUGGGAGGCUGCUGUACCACUCCUCUCCUGAGGGAGGCGCUUCAGGACACAGAGAGUUAUGUGAGAGCCAGCGCUAUCUCUGCACUGGCAAAGACAAUGACACACAGCUGGCAGCAGGGGGCAGCACUCUCUCAGGAGGAGACUGAAAUAGUGAACAGACUACUUGAGAUCCUCUCUGAAGACACAGAGGGAUUCUCCAGGAGGGCUGUGGUGCAGUACUUCAUCUCCUGGUUCUCCUCCUCCUCCUCUUCUUCUCCUCUCCUGAUGCAGAGCGUCCGCUGCGUCCUCUCUCUGGGUGGUGCAGAUCUGGACUGGGAGGUUAAGUUCCACACUCUGGAGCUGGCUGAGCUCCUCAUGGACGAAGCGUUUUCAGGUCAGAGGGGUUACAGGAAGGACUCGGACACACAUGAUGCCCCACAGCACCCUUAUGGUGUCAUUUCUGAGCAGACCUUCACCCUCCACACUCACACAGCCACAGAGGAGGUGGGGUCAGAUUUGGGCAGGGCGCUGAAGAGUCUGGUGGAGCAGGGUGUGAUCUCUGCGCUGUUGAGUGGUCUGGUUGACUGUGAUCGUCCCGUGGGUCUGAAGGCCUGUCGACUGCUGAUAACACUCAGAGAGACAGUCUGCUCUCUGUUAGGGGAACAAGAUGCUUCAAGGGGAACGGUCUCUAGAGUGUCCUGUGAACUUCCUGAACAAGGCUGGGGGCGGGAGAUCAGAAAGCUACUGGGAGAUAAAAAAGCCCAGGAAACAGACACACUGACUGAGGGAGCGAUGGGAGAGGUGUGUGCUGUUGAUGUCUGUGAGCUGUUGAGAUCACUGGGUUUAGACGAGAAGCGGGACGUCCUGACUCAAAGCAGCGACCACAUCCAUAACUCUCCUCUCUCUCUGCUGCAGGACAUUUUAACUGUAAGGGUCGCUCACUCUCAUCCAGACGCAGAAACAGAGCAGGAGGUCAUAGUGGACUGCUACUGACACACGUGCACUGUAGUGACUGCAUAUUCAUAUGGACGCUCCACCUAUUUCCCUUGUGCAAAAUUGAAGCCAAAAUACCCCCAUCACAGAUGCUGCCGUGGUGGCAUCACAGCCAAGAUGUGUGCAGAAGCGAUUACCUGGUAGAGCCACCAAACUUACAUCAUACCAUUUUUCACCAACCAAAGCAGACAUUAAACUCACUGAUUCAAAGACAAUGAUGUCUUAGGUCCACAGCAGAUCAGAUUCUUGUGUUUGUUUGGAGCAAAUACUCACUUUUAUGGAAAUUUUAUUGACUUUUGUCCUCCUCCAGUCUGCUAAUUCGGAUUGGGUGGCUGUUUGGAGACCAUUUGUCAACAGAGCUGUCAGUCAUGAUGUUAUAUCAGCUCUGUUUGGUAUCAAAAAAAAUGGAUUAAAGCAAAACUUCUCAAAAUUUUAAACUUGGACAUAAAUCAGCUCCAUGAUAACAACUGUCACCAUAGAAUCUGGGUUUAAGAAAAAAGAUUUGUUCAGCCUAUUUUAAGAUUGAUUGCAAAAGUAAGUCAGCUUACAUAGAAGUCUGAGAAAAUGGCUGUAAACUUUCCUUGUAGUUUAUGUCAGUGGUUCCCAAAGUAGGGGUCGCGAGAAAGUAAAGGGAGGUCGCAGGAUGCUUUUCAAAAAACAAAUAGAAAUUUAAAAUGAGUUAAAAUCAUACGUUUUAUACAUUAUUGUAAAAAUGUUGUUAAAAAGAGUUCAGUUUAAGAUAAAACCUAGUUAUCAAGUGAUACUUGUGCUUAAAUGUGAGUAAAUGUUCUAAAAACUACCUAAAAUGUGAGUUUUAAUCAUGAUGCUUUGUGCAACAUUGUGCACUUUAUUCCCCUCAAGGGAAGGUGGGGGUCUCCGGUAUCUGACGCCGUUAUUUUGGGGGUCACUGGCUGAAAAGUUUGGGAACCCCUAAUUUAUGUUACCAGUCACUUGUUUUAAGUCUUCUUUAUUGGAGCACAAAGUUCAAAUUGUAAAUUUUGGUCGCAUUCAGUUAUAUAGAAGGGUUUGCUUCAGAGCAUGACUGCCAUGUUUUACAAGUUCCAUCUACAGAAAGGGAGUAUGGAUAUUCUCAUUCUUUUGACUAAAUAUUGUUCUUACUGGCUCCAAAAACAUCACUGUCACACCUCACCCUAAAAUGUUUCAUGAAAAACAACGAAGCAGCUUUAUUGGGAACCUUUCAAACUCCAAAUACUCAUUCCAUUAUUAUUUUUAUGCCGAACAAAAUGUCAUGCAUUUCCACUGAUAUUUGUUUUCUUGCUGAAAAUAAACUGCUGAAAUUUAGAAAAUAAAUAAUCUC